AGGACUCCUGCUCUGUCUUACUACUUACUGCCGGACCCAGCCAGCAAGCCACCCAGGACCAUGGCUGUGCUCCGUUCCUUGCUGCCUCAGCUGGGGCUGUUCCUGUGCCUGGCUCUGUGCUUUUCUCCUGCCUUGUCUGCAAGUUAUAAUGACCCCUGCACGGUCUUUGAUACAAUCUCCACCACCAACUUGAGAGUCAACAUUACAGCCGAGGGUUCUGGUGAGAACAUAACCUACACAGUGUGGGUUCAUGUGAACAGCUCCGUCAGUGUCGUGAUUCUGAAAGCAGUGAACCAGGACAACAAACCCGUGGGUACCUGGGUUGGAGCAACUCAGGAAUGCAAUGACAGCAGUGUCCUAUAUCGCGUGACACCCUCAGACAACUCUGACUUCCAGGCAACGUGGAUAGUUCCUAAUUCUGAGGAUAUAACUAAAGUCAACCUGCAUGUCUUGAUGGCUAUCGGCAAUGGAACAGCUGCAGUGACAUCUGUGAACCUGGGAGAGCCACAAACAUCUACACCCUUGAGGCCUACCCCUGAGAUUUCAGAGACCAACCAAACCACAACCAUGACUACAGACAAGACCCCAGCCAUGACCACAGCCAAGACUCCAGCCAUGACCACAGCCAAGACCACAGCCAAGACCACAGCCAAGACCACAGUCAAGACCACAGCCAUGACCACAGCCAAGACCACAGCCAAAAGCCUGGCUGUCAAUGCUCUCGGCAGCCCCCUCGCAGGUGCCCUCCACAUCCUGCUUGUUUUUCUCAUCAGCAAACUCCUCUUCUAGAGCAAAUCUCCAAUCUACAAAGCAUCCUCCAAAAGCUAAUUCCAGGCCAAUGCUUAAACAUGUGUGAAUGAAGGUUUUAUGUUCUCAGGGUACAACUCCACCACCUCUGAUCACAGACCUGUGACACUCUUUAAGGGACAAAAACGUUUGCCUGGAUCUGUAUCUUUCAGGGCACAAAGUCUGCUUUUUGUAAAUACUUAGGCCAACCUAAUUCUGACUCUCAGUUUUACAUGCUGACAGUCAGUCUGAACUUCUGUUUAUUGCCAAAGGAUUCCCAUGAGCCUCUUGGGUUUGUGGUGGAGAGAGGGAUCCUUCUUUGCUUUCAAGAUGAUUUCAGAUUUCUGGCCAAAUCUACUCAGGUUACAAAGAAUGUCUGUGACUGAAGGAAAAAAAGAAAUGAGUGAUAGUCCCAUGGCUAUUAGUAGAUCCCCAUUGUGCCCAGAUAGCAGGUUUUGAAGAGAAGUAUAUGAAAAGUGUCUCUAAGAAGCCAAUAACAGGAUACGUGGUUUUUUUCCCCCUAAGUCAAAUAAACGAUCCAUUGAACAAGAAUAAUGAAUGUGUUAAAUUGAAAGAUAAGCUUUAAACAAAGUGUUACUCAAAUUUGUUUGUGUUUUGAAAAAUAUGACUGAAAUAGUGUGUGUGUGUGUGUAUGUGUGUGUUUUCAAGGGCAGAUACAAGGUUAAUUUAUCUCAGUUUUGUUUUGUAACUAGUCAAAACUGGUUACUUCUUCCUUGAUGGUAAUUUCAACCAAGAAAUGAGAAAAAAAAUACUUGUAAUAUUUAUCGUACAAUGUAAAACUGAAAAAAAUAUUUCCAGCAGUAAGCCUGUUAAUAAAUAAAGUUUUCCUUAA